AUGCCUUCAUUACUACUAGAGAGCCCACAGAGUUACCGACGGAUUCAAAUAGAGAAGAAGAAAUCCAUGGCCAAGGGAGCCACAGUAUCGUGGCUCUCUGAUCAGUUGAGCCGUGGCUCUUUCCUUUUACUCCUUGACUGUCGCCCAUUCUCUGAGUUCGCCCGCUCUCACAUACAAGGGGCAAUCAACCUUACUAUACCUUCGUUGAUGUUACGGCGACUAAAAAAAGGCAUGAACUUCGCUAUUAGUUCGUUGAUCACAUCAGAGGAAGGAAAAGCACAAUUUAAUCGAAAUCUUCGCCACGCUUCAGGGAUAGUUCUGUAUGAUUCAGACACGACUGAGGUGUCCAGUGUUUGUUGUGGCAGUGCUCUUGGAGUUCUACUCAAAAAGUUUUCUGAAGAUGUUAGCGCUCCAGUGUGGCUACUUGAAGGUACGCUCGAGACGAUUUUUUCUUAUCUAUGAAACAAUCGCUAGCGUUGUUUCUUUUAAUUGGCUUGCCUAAAUUUUAGUAAUCUCAACCACCGACUUGUUAGUAGUUCUUUUGCUUUUCUGUUUUCAACAUUUGUUUACUUUUGAAUUUACCAUUGCUGGCCGGGUUUAACCCUCAUCUUGCUAUGACUUUGUUUUUUCUAGGAGGAUUUUCAAAGUUUGAGAAAAAGUAUUCAGCAUUUUGCGAACAAGGCGAGGAUAUGGAGAGACCACUGCUGUCCCUGUCAGGGUUAAAAAUUCAAGACAGUGAAGAAGAUCAUGGCCCAUUGAGAUUUGAGCCGCCGGCUACACCAUUCAUGGUUACAGAUCACCAAGAAAGUCAAACAAAAGUUCCUGUUCAAAUUCUGCCACAUCUAUACCUUGGCAGUGAAAAAGACUCUUCGGAUCUAGAAAUAUUGAAGAAAUACGGAAUUUCUUACAUCUUGAACGUUACUCACGACAAACCAAACUCUUUUGAACAUUUGCCGGGAUUUAAAUACAAGAAACUACCAGUGGAAGACAACUGGAGGGCAAAUCUAUCCGACAUGUUUCCAGAAGCGUUCCAGUUUAUCGGUAUGUAACAAAUAAUUUUUUUAUUAUUACAGCUGUAUCGUUUCUAGCAAACGCAGCCAUUUUGUGUUUGAUGAGUAAUAAUUUUGAUUAAUAAUUUAAUAAGAUUGUUGAAUUACUAAGUACUGUUCAGUUAAAAUUACAUGGCAUAGUAUAGAUACUGCUUAAAUACGCUUGGGCAAAUAACUGCUAACUUGCCCCGAAGAAGAAAAUUAACAUAAAGGCCAAUUUGCUAAAAUGUUUGGAGCAAAGAAGCAAAAUGUUUAACAUGCAUAGUGUGGGAGGGAUCCAUGAUACGCUAAACGUUUCAGCUCGUUGUUUGUUUAAGAGUGGGUGAGCUAGUAAGCACUAAAAACUCGCACACAACAUUGACGUAGAUAUUGUGCGUAACAAAGGUUGUAAGCGUCCCAUGGCCAUUUUCUUCUGCGUUUGUCUCAUCGAGGAUCACUCGUAAAUAAUUUAAAAAAAACACCUGUCUUGCGCUCAAAUGUUUUUGCCGCACAAGCAGGAAUUGUCAAUUCCCUUCUGAAGUACAAGUGCUAACCUUUAUUGUUGAAAAAGUCGAUAUUGGUCUUGCGGCUUUUAUGUAAAUUUGAUACCAGCAUUUAAUAAUCAUCUAACGAUCAUAUUUUUUUUCCUCUUUUUCUUCUUCAGACGAGGGAAUAACGCAAAAUCGUGGCGUCCUUAUUCAUUGCCUUGCUGGCGUGUCCCGCUCUGUAACUGUGACCAUAGCGUACCUCAUCUCGGCACUCAACAUGACUUUAAACGAAGCCUAUGAUUUCGUCAAACAAAGAAAACCAAGUGUAAAUCCUAACCUAAACUUCAUGGGACAACUGUUGGAGUUUGAGAGACAACUAAGAACGCCGCAAACUCCAAGUUCAACCACAAGUUCUCUGUCUAGUGACUGCAGCUUGGACGGGGAGGAGGAUGUGGACUGCCUGAUGGUAGCCCCGCGCUUUCAGAAACUUUCUUAGUUUAAUGCCAUACUCGUUAUUAUUGCUAAUGAAGACAGACUGUGCCUCAAAACCUAAUUCGAACUUAUUCUAUGAGGUAAUUUAGGGGCAUAAAAAGAAUCUUGUGAAGAGUUCUAGAAUCAUUUCGAGAGAAAACGUAAGAUACAUGAAAGAGAAGUUUGUAGAUUUUAUUAUUUGGGAUUAUUCAGAAAUUCUAUUGAUAUUACUAACAGCUCAAUUGGAUGUUGUUGCAUUGAUUUGGGCAGUUCUAAAGGAAUUUUGCAUCAUAUGCAAUUCAAUUGUAAACACAACUUUGUGUUAUUUUCAGUGAAUUACUACUACCUAGACACCAUACGAAUACGACCUUUUUUCCUUGGCUAAUGUAAUUAACUGCUUUGCUAGUUCUAAUCUUACGUUGUUUUCAACUUCAAUCAAAGUUUUAGUAACAACUACGUUACUUGGUCAAAAGAUUUUUUCUUCAUGGCAACCAAAUCAACUUAGGAAUUUGUUUCUGAUUGCUCAAAUGUGUUUAUUUACAUCUGAUUUACUUUUCAUUAUACAUUCAUGGAACAUCUAUCACAAUCUUUGACAAUUUGUAAAUGAAAGUAAUUUAUACGCGACGUGUGUAAAUACGUUACAUCAAAUAUUGAAAUAUAUUCUGUUAGGCGCUUUAAGCCCGGGCAAAAAAAGAUGAGCUGUAUAUAUUUGUACUUUAUUGUUAGAUCUACAAAUUGUAAAUAUAUUAUUAAGAGAUAUCUACUUUAAUAAUAAAUCCAGAAAGUUCUAAGACUAUGAAAAAAACGUGUUGUGGAUCAGUGAUUAGAAAUAAAACAUCGUUGAAGGUGGUAGAGCCGAAAGGAAGGAAGUGCAGCGAGUCGUUAAGCUGUGGUUUUAAUCACGAGAUUUUGCCUUAGGCUUUUUUUCCUAAUUGCUUUGUUGCCUUCAAGGAAACAAUCAAUUCAGUGUUGCGCGAUAUCCCAGUUAAUUCAAACUCUCUGCCUUAGCUUCUACUCGUUUCAUCUUGCCCUAAAAUCUUAAUCACUAACCCUAACAAGAUAAAUAGAAGGUAC